UUCUGUGAAAAGCAUGAUGUGAGCACUUGUUUUGGCCAAUGCAGUGCCUCUUGUUUGGUUGACUGAUGAAUAAAUAAUAAAGUUGCCCUAAGCUUGUCUUUAAGAACUUCAUCAGUGUGAUGAAACUUGAAUGAGCCACUGGGAGCUUCACUCGUUCCCCAUCUCGCCACACACUGUGCUUCAGUGAGCUCGUCUCUGUGUGUUCAGCUCUCACUAGCACAGUCUUCGUCACUGCUCUCCGGAUCGACUCGUUUAUUUAGAAGGCAAAUGUGGAUAUGACGUCGCAGAGGAAGGGCGGCCGAGGUGCCAGGAGGUAAUCCCCCUCCAUGUGAGGAGGCGGCACGGGUGUGGAGGCGUGGAGGCUUUUUUUUUUUUCCAUAUUCAAAUCCUUACAAGUCCUAUAAAAGCGGCGAAGUCAGCGCAGGAGGCUCAAGGCAGGAAGACAGAUGGAGGGAGGUGAGGGUUCCGUGUGCGCACCCGCUCGGAGGAUGCCGGACGUGCAGGACUUUAUGAAUGCGCUCAAAAACGCGCUGGUGUCCCUGAUGCUGCUGCCGCGCUUCCUGUUGGCCGCCGCGCUGCUGUGGCUUCUCGACUUCGUCUGCAUCCGCAGGAAGGUGCUGGUGAAGAUGCGCGAGCGCGAGGGCUCGAGUCUCGACGACCCGCCGGUGACCGUGUCAGACUCGAACCGGAUGUUCACGCUGGAGUCACUGCGCGCCGUGUGGUACAGCCAGAAGUUGGACUUCUGCAAGGCGGCGCACCUGGGGCUGGCGGCGCCUAACAGCGAGGUGGUGCCGCUCGGCGAACGGAAACGCGCGCGCAUACUGGACUACGCCCGCGGCGCGAGACCGCUCAUCCUGAACUUCGGUAGCUGCUCAUGACCGCCGUUCAUGACGCGCUUGGCCGCGUUCCGGCGCGUUGCUGACCAGUACGCCGACAUCGCCGACUCGCUGCUCGUAUACAUCGAGGAGGCGCAUCCGUCCGACGGCUGGGUGAGCACGGACGCCCCGUACCAGAUCCCGCGCCACCGCUGCAUAAAGGACCGGCUCCGAGCCGCGCGGAUCAUGAACGCCACGGUACCCGGCAGCGUCGUGGUCGUGGACACCAUGGACAACUCGUCCAACGCGGCGUACGGAGCCUACUUCGAGCGCCUCUACGUAGUCAAGGACGAGAAGGUGGUGUAUCAGGGAGGCCGGGGACCCGAGGGCUACCGCAUUUCUGAACUGAGGAACUGGCUCGAGCAAUAUCGCCAAGAGCUCGAAGGCUCCAGACCGGUAGUGGUUCAUGUCUAGAUGUUUAAAAAAUAAAUAAAUAAAUAAAUAAAAAUAAAAAAUAAUAAUAACAGUAGAAGCCAGUCACUGUGUGUGCCAUGAAGAACCAAGAAAGCGGGUGUCCUGGAAGCUGCUAUGAACUGGAAGCAACACUGGAAGAGUGUUGGAAGAGUUGUGUGUGUGUUUGUGUGUGUGUGUGCGUGUGUGUGUGUGUGUGUUGUUCAGUGAUGUAAACCGCAUGAUAAUUGUAAUUGUUUUGCCCUUUAAUCGGUUUGAUGUUGAGCUGCUGUUUUACACAACACGGAUUUCACGUUUCAUUUGAUGAUAUUAUACUUUUUUUAUUGCAUGUCGUCUUUGUGUGUGUGUGUGUGUGUGUGUGUGUGUGUAUGGCCGUUAGACUGUUUGAUUGUAUUCUGGUGUUGUCAUGAAGUUCGGUUUUUAAAAGGAUUUGAUCCAGAAAACCGGUUCUGAUGUUUUCUGACACUAGAGUACUUAGUAACAGAAGAAUGGCCAUUAUUGUUAUUGCCAAACAUUGUUUUGUAAAAUUGGUAUAUUUUAUUGAACAAAUAUUUUUAAAUAAAUGAUAGAACACAGA